AUGUCUCAGCUAGAGGCACUCUUCCCAACGGAUGUAGCACUUGUACCUCAACACACACGGGCUCAAGAUGCCAAAGACAAGGUGGACAAACUCAAAGCAAUGCUGCACCAGCAUGAUAUUGAAGCCCCCAAGGACGUUCUGGAUGUCUUCAUGUCAAAACAUGCAUGGCGAAAGCCGAGAUGGUUGGACAAGCUUCAAACUGUUACCAGCAACAUCCAGAUAUUCUACAACGCCAUUGGUUCCAUCUGUCAAGCACAUGGAAUUGCUUCAGUGGUUUGGGGUGUUUUGAGAUUUAUAUUGGAUGCCUUUGGCAGAUAUUUCGGUCUUUUGGAUAGAGUUGUCGACAUCUAUGAUGAAAUGACUCGAGCUAUGCCAGUGCUGAAAGACUACGCGAAGCUUUAUGCCGCUUGGCCAACCGUGUCGGAUUCUCUCUUGGAUAUCUACUGCUCUUACCUUGAUUUCUCUCUAAAUGCGGUCGAGAUAUUUAACCGCAAUCCACUCAAUCGAAUAGGCUUUGUAAGGGACGCUAUUGGUGUUGAAACCUGGAAGAUAGUCGACACCAGAGAGGUAACAUCGAUUCAGGGACCAUCAAGUCAAGAAAGCCCUAAACUUUCCAGAAUUUUCUCAGUCCCAAAGGCCAGAAAUGGAAAGUUCUGUGGGAGGAAAGAGGUGCUUGCACAGCUCGAUCGCGACCUCCUCCCAGCCCAAAGCUCACCACAAAAGUCUUGCACCUUACACGGGGCACCCGGUAUGGGUAAAACCCAGAUAGCACUCGAGUUCGCUUAUCGAUGUUGCGAAACCUUCCCAGACCUCCACAUUUUCUGGGUCCCCGCCGAAGAUGAAACCGCUCUUUCCCAGGCUUUUGGCAAAAUAGCACGGCUUGUUGGGGUGGGAAGGGAUGUUUCGGACCAGGCCAGACUUGUUGAGAAUGCAAUUGCCUGGCUGUGUGAAAACACGUCAUGGUUGAUGAUCUUCGACAACGUCAACAACCCCGGCAUCUUCAAGAAAUACCAGCCAUGUUGCAAUCAUGGCUCGAUUCUUGUCACUAGCCAGUAUCAAAGGACAAUACACGCCACGACAAAAGAGAUACCACUGAGGCACUUGACACCUCAAGAAGGUUCAGAUUUCCUCCUUGACCACAUUCCCGAGCAGCAAAAGCUGCAUAUGGGAGACCCAGGCUCGCUGGCCCAAGUGUUUACAAGCAUGUCAGAAGAAGUCAACGGGUCCCCACUGGUCCUCGUUGGAAUUGCCGGGUCCAUCAUUUCUUCGGCAGUUUCGGCGGAAGGAGCUCUCAUAGAGUUGCAGCAGUCAGGGAGUUUGGGCAAGAGAAACCCAAUUACGAAUGGUCAUUCCGCCUGGGCAUACGACCGACCUAUUGACUCUGCAUGGGAUAUGGCAUUGAGAGCAGUACCUGACAAAGGAUUGACAAUACUGAGAAUCAUGAGCAUGCUUGCGGCGGAUAACAUUCCCGUUGACAUUCUCAACCGCGAUCUUCAAGGCAAGUUGAGUUUCUUGGGAUAUCAAGACUCUGCACGCUUCCGCCAUGAAAUCCAGGCUGCUCUUGUGGAACGGUACCUGGUUGAGGACAGCAAUCCGGCGUUGUCUUGGUCCUUCUACAGCAUUCAUCGGCAACUACAAUCGAAGAUUUUGCGGGAUCUGCAAACCGUGCCCCAUCAAAAUCAGCUCACAUUCGAUCGUGCCGUGGCACUCAUUGCACGAGACUUCCCGGCUUUCCCAAAGUUCAUGACGCCAAACUUCUCACAGUGGCCAUCAGGCGAGAAACUGAUUGCCCAUGUUCUCAAGCUCAAUUCGGUUUAUCGUGCUAACGAAAGGAGCCAAGACCAGGAUGAAACCCCAACGGAGGUUCCUCUUGUCCCCAGCAUGGCCUUUUCUGAGCUUCUUACCGGUGCUGGGUACUACUUGUACGAAGUAGGACUCGCGGAUUCGUGUGUAGCGGUCUUGGAGACAGCCGAGAAGAUUUCCCAUGAGUUUCGCACUUCUUCUACGGCCGAAGCCACUAUGCAAGGAGGCCAACCGUCACCAUAUGCCAAUUCCCUGAAGCUCGAAACAACUGCCAUUGCAAUAUCCUGGGGCAUCAUUGAGCAGACACAGGGGCUGACGGGUGCGCGCAAAGCCAUGGCAAAGGCAAAGGAAGUGGUCGCUUUGCGCGAGAAUCAUGCAAGUCUACCUGGCCUUUCCUCUGGCGAUCUGUUCGAGAGUCAAGUCCUGCUAUCCAACGCCUACAACGACAUUGGAAUUGAAAAGAUUCAUAUGCACCAAUACGCGAGCGCUAUGGAUUACCUCCAUAAAUCGCUCGAUCUCAAGGGGCAGUUGGAAACACAAGGCCUCACAAUACCGGCGUUCGAAUUUGCCGAAUCCAUCAACAAUAUGGGAUUCGCAGCGCUUGGCCAGAAUCUUACAGAAGAGGCUCUGAAAUACAGCGAAACGGCUGUGGAUCUCAUCUACAAGGAUGGCAGUCAUGACAGCGACGUAACCCGCUUCACCUUCAGCCAUGGAGUUACACUUUUCCUUAAUGGCGAACCGCAAAGGGCACUGGAUGUGAUGAAACAAGUUUACCAAAAUCGUAAGGACAUCUUUGGUGAAUCGGGGCGUCAAACAAGAGACGCUAGUUACGCCGUCAGCUUCAUUUACUACGCGCAAGGCCACUUUGAAGACGCCAGCAAAACCAUCCAAGGAUGCUUCAUCAAACAGGCCAAGAGCAUUUGGCCAGCAGAAUGCCUUACCCGUGCCAAGUACCUGGAGUCGCGGAUUCUACAAGCGCUCGGAGACAUGACCGAAGGUAAAAAGAAGCAUGACGAGGCACUCCAUGAACUAGACGGGUAUCUGUCUCAGAUUUUCCCCAAGGCCCAUGCGCAGAAGGCCGAGCGAGACACAGUUACGUGCAGCAGUCAUGCAUAUCUCAUGGCUGCUGAUGAGGCACUGCGGUUUGAUUAUGUCGUUCCGUUCUAUGCGGGAAGAUUUGCUACGGGUAAGAGUGCUGGACGUGGAAAUGGGAGGGGGUGUUAUCCGCCGCUGGAGGACCUGGAAUGUCUGCUGGAUGUACUUGGAACUCAUUUCUUGGUUUCCACCUUUUCUUGA